AAUAGUUACUUUUUUGGUAAAAAAUAUUUAUUUUAAUUUCUUUUACAUUAAUAUAGUUAAUUAAUACGUUAAUAUAUUUGGGAAUAAAUUUCUAAACAAUAAAACAUGAUUAAAGUUUAAUAAUAAUGCAUUUUAUUUGUUAGUUAAGGUGGUUAGUAAUAUUUUAAACCAUGUUUUAUUUUUUAUAUAAAUUUAUUUAAACAAUAGAUUGUUUGGAGGGAAAAUAAUUGUUAAACAUUAUAUCAUUUCAUUAUAUAGGUUGAAUUUAUAGAAAAACUAUAGAUAGAUGGCAUAUUUUUACCAAUUAUAAACUCCAUCCGGAAUGUAGUUGGAAAAUAUGGGGAGAUGAAUGUAGGGAGAAUUCUAGUUUUACCACAAAUUUGAUAUUACUUUUCAAUUUUUACCGUUAAAUAAUAGUCAUUUUCAUAAAUAUUCUAAAUUUAUGAUGUAAAAGACUAAAAUAAAUCUUUUAAAUCAUUUUUAAGUUUUUAUAAACUCAGACACAUCCUAUAAACAGCAAUCAUAAGCAAUAAUCACUAAAAUUUAAACCCAAAAUAUAAAGUUGAUUGUCCAAAGAUAUAUUUUGUGAGUGUUUUAAAAGUGGAAAGAAUCGAGAAAUGAAUGUAAAGUUGAUUGUCCAAAGAUAUAUUUUGUCAGUAUUUUAAAAACUAAGAUAUGAUUAAGACUCAAUUUAGUGAUUAAUGAUUUAAAAAUUUGUUAUCAAAGAUAAGAAAAUAUUAUAAAGCCAUAAGAGUAAGAAUUUUUAUUUAAUAAAUAAUAAAAUUGUAUAUGUGUUUUCAAACCGUGAGAUUACUUUUAUUUACAAAAUUUUAUCCACUAUAAAUUAUAGUUGCCUCUUUUAUUUUUUUUUAUAAAUUUAUAAAUCACUAAUUUUAGUUUGGUAAGAGUCAAAUUUGUUUUAAUUUAUUUUUAACAAAAUAAAAUGAAAAAGAGUAAUACAUCGUUUAAUAUGUCUUGCAUUGAAAAUUAUUUGUUUUUAUUUCUUAUUAAUGAAAAUGAUUUAUUGGGUUCAUUUAAAUAUGAUUAAUCUAUUGGAUGAUCGAGGAAAUAACCCGUAGAGUUAUAUAAUUGUAAAAAUAUCAAAUUUAUCAGUUCCACUAUAUUAUCAAAUUUCCUUUUUAAACGAACUAUUUCUCAAACAAAAUAAAAAUAAUAAUUGGAUAACUUUUAUUAAAUAUUUAAUAAUAUCUUUUUGAAUAUGUACAUUUUAUUUUUCCCAAAUUAGGAAAUUUCUUUAUAAGUCGGAAGACUUCUUGAAUGUGAUUUGUAUCAAUAUUUAGAAAGCUUCUCAUAAAUAUAUAUGAUAUCUUCCUGAAUUUGAUUUAUAUGCAUAUUUAGAAAAUUAUUAUUCAAUAUAUAACAUCUUUCAAAAAUUUACGUCGAUGCUUUUAAAUAUAUAUAUAUAUAUAUUAUUUUUAUAAAAUUUAGAUAUCAAACUGAAGAAGUUCUUCCAAAAACUUAAGGAAGAUAAUAUACAUAUUUAAGAAUAUCUUACUAAAUAUACAUGUAACUUAAAUCUAAUAGGGUAUUCAUCAAUAUAUAUUCAUGAAUGUCUCCCUAACAUAUAUUUAAGAAUGUAUUUUUAAAAUACACAUUUAUGAUUUUUUUUUCUAAAUUUUAUGAAUAUAUUAUUAUAAAUUUUUAUCAAUAUUUUUCCCUAAAAACAUAUUUAUCAAUAUCUUCCUUAAUUUCAGGAUUGUAUUUUGCCUAAACUCAAAUUCGAGAAGAUAUCAUGAAGAAUUUUCAUGUUUACCAUUUUUUAUACCAUUAUCCAUUAAGCAUUUAUUUAUAUAUUUAUUAGAUACUUGUUUUUUAUAUAUUUAAUAAAUAAUUAUUUAAAUGAAUAAAAUAAUAAAAUAUAAAAUAAUUUUUUAUGUUUUCGAAUUAUACUUUUUCAAAUUCAAUUUUUUUUAUAAAUUUUCUUUUUUGAAUUUUUUUUUGGAAAUUGUUUUUUCAAAAUUUCUUUUUGUUUAUGUAAAGUUUUGGGGGUUUUGGGAUUCACAAUUCUAGGUCUCAUAGGUCUCAUUUGAAGUUUAUAUACGUUGGAUCGAGUUCAGUUAAUAAUACUUCAGAUUUGAAUAUAUUUUAUGUAUGUCAACUUAAUAUGGAACUAAAUUCAUUUCUAGUUUGAUUAAUUUUUUUCGAAUUCAUGUAAGUUUAGAUAUUAUAAGCCUUCUACUCACUUUAGAUAUCCUAAGAUCAUGUACAAUGGUUUCAACACCCUCUCCCCUUUCAAUUAAAAACAAAAACAAAUUUUGACCCAAAAAACAAAAGAAAACACAAAAAAUUAUGUCAAGAUCUAAUUAAAAAAAAAUCUAAAUGGAAACAAAUAAAAAGAAAAUAAAUCCCCAAAUCAAUUUAAUAUACGAAAUCUGUUUAUUUUGUAUUUUUAUCUUUAUAAUUUUUUUUUUAAUUUUAUACAAUUUGAUUUAAUAUAUCUUAACCCAAAGAAAUAAAUGAAAAUAUAUCUAAGAUUGUAAUUUUAAAUAUCUACAUAUAUAUUCUUAAAUAUAAUUUAAAAUAAAUCAAACUGUUUAUUUUUAUUUUUAUUUUUGAAAAUCUAUUUGUAGAAAAUAAAUCGAAAAUUAAUAUGAAAAUUUAUUUGUAUUUUUUUGACAAGAAAAGUUUCUGAAACAUGUUAUAGGAAACUAAAACUAUUUUCAAAUAUUUUCAGAAUAUUUUGUAACUAAACUUGCCAUAUUUCGGAAAUAUUGUUAUUCUUAUCCGUAGAAUGUAGCUUUUACACUAUGUAGAGAAAUGACAACUACGAAGUAAGCAGAUUCUACUGUAUGUAGCCUUUUGAGUUAUUUCUGAAUUUCGUAUUCUUAGAACUUUAAAAUUGCUCAUAAAAAUAGAAGUUGCAUUCAGAAAAAAAUGUAACUACAUUUACAGUGCGUAAAUUUCGCAUUUUUCAUAUUUAGAAUUUUAUCUAAAAGUAGAAUAUUGGUUCUAGAGAAAGUAGAUUAAAUUUUUUAAUAUGAAAUUCAAUUUCUACCAAGCUGUUUUUUUGUAGAAGAUGAAAUCUACUUUUCUUAGAACAUAAUUAAAAUUUUUAAUUUAACAAAUUUCUCAACCCAAAAGAAAUAUCAGUUUGUGUAUAUGGAUAUUUAAUCAAUUAUUUCUAUUUUCAUAAUUUUUUUAUUCAUAAAACUAUUUAUUUCUUUAAGUUUGAAAAAUGGAAUGAGUAAAAGAGAAAAAAACAAUGACCAAAAAGGAAUUAUAUCAAAGAGACAAAAAAAAAUUGUUUUCAUUCUAUUUUGGAAAAUUUCCGAAGUUUUUAUUUGGCUAGAUAUGAAAUUUUAGCAAUUAUUUCACUUUUAUUAUUUAGGUUUGAAUUAAAAUUAAAAUUUAUUAACUAGACUUUAUGCCAAUUAAUUUAGUUUCAAAUCUUAUUCAUAAAAUAUUAUUAUAUUUGCUUAAAUAUAAAAAUAUAUACCUAAUAAAGUAUAUUGAUGUAUUUGAUGAUCUUUAUGGCUUUGAUAUGAAAAAUAUACGUGUGUGCCAUGGUAAUUAAAACUUUCAUUCUUACAAUUGAAUGCAAAUUGGUACGUUUUUUUUUACUCCAUUAUUACACAAGGUGACUCAUUUUCAAGUUAAAUAGGAACACACUUGUGGUAGCUCAUUUGAGACAGAGGAAAACAUAUUCAACAAUUCCUUAGAAUAUUUUUUGAGCAAAUUAGCUCAAUAUUUUUCUCUCUACUUUGUUUCCUUAAAAGUAAACAAAUAUUCUUGGUUCGCUAGAUUCUAUCUUUUAGUGUUGCACAAUAAAAAACACUAGAAUUGUAUCUUGAGAAUAUGAUAUCUACAAAAUUGUUGCCCUACGGGCAUUUAAAGAUCCAUGGAAAGAAUUUGUCAUAUGUACUCUGUAACUAUUUUUUUUUUUAUAUUUUGAUAUUGUAAUUUUUAUUUAUGUUCUUUUUUUAUAUAAAUAAAAGUUGUCCUAUCGUAAUAAAUUAAGGCUUUUACAGUUUUACGGUGUUAGGCCAUCAUUAACGCAUUUUCUUAAAUAUGUUUCUUAAGGUAAUUAGAAUUUAAAAAAAUGAAAAAAAAAUAAAUCCAAGACACGUCUCUUAAUUAAGAGAAGGAAACUAAGUGACAUGUGUCACAAGAUCAGGAGGCAGAGGAGAGGAGUCAUUUUUUGCGCUAUCUCUCUGUCUCUCUCUACGCAGUAAUGGAAGUGACGAUUGGCGAAGAGGAGACGGCGGAGAGAAGAGAUCACGAAAGAAACCUCUCCGGAAUCUUUCGAACUUCCUCCAGAGAUCAUCAGGGAGAUUCUCAACCGAUUACCAGACAAAUCAAUUGGAGGUUUGAUUAAGGAACUGAAAGUCCCUGUUUUGCGGAUUAAGAAGCAAAGGUCAAGGCUUUUGAUGGUUAAUAUGUCUCAGUCUCCCUGUGUUUAUAGUCUCUCGAGGAUGAAGGAAUCAGCUGUUACAAAGUUCAAGACUUUCCAGAUUCCUGUUGAUUGGAUGCUCGAAAACGGCAUUACUAGUGAGAUAAAAUUGGCGUAUGUAAAACUAGCAAUGAAGUAAAUGAAGAGAGUAUCUGCAGAGCUUGAAGCCAUUGGAGGCGGUGGCCCUGAAGAGGAAGAGCUUAUGGUUCAAGGCGUCAGAUUUGCGUUCCAUGUUCAUCAGUUCGCAGGAGGAUUUGAUGCAGAGACAAACUUGUAUAUAUUCAAGGUAAUUCACAAACUUGUAUAUAUAGCUUUUGUUCUCCAUUCUCCUUCGCAUGUUCUUCCUUCUUCUUCUAUCUUGUAAACAAUCAAAAACAAUUUCUCUAUUGUAAACAAUCAAAAACAAUUUCUUAACUCUUAAUUAAAAAACUAGCAAUGGAGGACAAAAAGUAGGUGUUUCUUAACUUAAGGUUCUUAACUAACAUUUAUUACUAAAAAAAAAAUCAUUAAGAGAUCCUAAUGGGGUUCUAGGGAUAAUCAUGCUCUUAGUUAACCGGUCUUCUCUACGUCUUACGUGGCUGUUUCAUGUUUCCUACUCAUGUCUCCUAAGUGAUAUGAAGUGGAUUGGAGAAAAAUAAAGAGCCAGGGCUUGAACAUCCUUAAUAAUGUUCGAACCUUGGUGGUUUCUCUUUCUAUCCUUCUUAUCACGUUUAAUCUUUACUUUUAUCAGUGUAUUGUGAUAUUGGAUCUUAAAUUGUUAUCUGGAAAAUUGUAGCUUUUAGUUAUGUUUGUCUAGUUUCUGGGGAUGUGGUUGAUGUCCACCAGCUUAUGGCUCCAGUGGUUGUUCUGUAACUAGCUGGCUUUGUUUCCGAAAGAUUGGUGUCUCGCCGGAUUUGAACAAAAUCUUGAUUCAUGACCCAACCAACUGAAAACCAAUGUGUUUUUUUUUUUUUUUUUUUUUUUGUCAACAACAAACAGACUCAUAUAGACUCUGCGAACCAAUCCGGAAGCUCUGCAUCCAUAUGAACGACGAAAGACGAUUGUUUUCUGGCACAUCGUGCUAGACUAUCCAAUGUGUUUAUAAUAGCUUGAUAAUAUCUAAAAAUGUUCAAAAUACUGAAAAUAUUUAUUCGUUCUCCAUCCUAUUUAAAUUGAACUAAUUGUUACGUAAAUUUAAAUAUUUAGUCUUGCAUUAUUCAAAUUUUUAUGUUUUAUAUUAUUUUAUUUCUUGAUUUUGAGGAUUUAAGUAUAUUUAGAUUUUGGUUAAAAAAAUACAUAAUUAAUAUGGGUACAUGAACUCGAAUCCGAACCGAGUCCGCAAUGAGUCGAACCAAAUCCAAACCAAAAUUUGUAAAUAUCUGAAUACGAUUUAAAAUUUUAACUCUAAAAAUCUGAAAUCUGAAUAGAUCAACUGAAUCCGAACGAAUAUAUGAAUGCACAUCACUAAACAAUCUAUACAACGAAUUUUUUAGUGCAACAUACAAUAAAUAAUCUAAUAAACUAUUUCACUUCGCGCACAGCGCGGGUUACUACCUAGUGUUUUAUAUUGUUUGGCCAAAAGAUUAGUUAUCGUGUUGUUUGGAAACACAUUUAGUAGUUUAUAUGUUAUUUUCCAUAAUUAGAAAAGUGAAUUUAAGUAUAUAGUAGAAGGUUGUAUAUAAUUUAAAAGCUUAUGAAAGAAAGAUUGGGUCUAUGAAAAUGAUUUUUGUUUAAUAAUAGAUAUAUUUUUGCGGGUUUAGAUACUACAAAAAUCAUUUACUAUAAAAAUUAAUUAAAUUAAUAGAUUAUUUUGUUUGUAUUUUCAUUCCUUUUAACUUAAUAAAUAUUAGAUUCUUAUUCGUAAAUUAUUUUUAUUCUUAAGAACAUAUAAUUAUAUAUGCGAGAUUAUGCUUGGUUUAAGUAGACAUCAAAUAGUUUUAUACAAACUAACAUUGCAUAAGUUUAACAAUUAAAAAUUAAUCAAAUAAGUAUAUAUUACAAAUUUAGUCAAAGAAACUACAAAUAUUUUACUAAAACUUCAUAAUGAAAUGGACUGAAAUAAUUAAAAACAAAAUUAAGAAAUAUAUUAGAUAACUUUCCUAUUUAAUAUAAAUGUAAAAUGAUAUAAUUAUAUUGUUUUGAAAUUCACAAAAAUAAAAAUGUUAAAACAUUACUUAUCAAAAAAAAAAUGUUUAAGUCUAUUCAUAUUGUAAGUAGAUUUAGUUAAAAAAAAAUAUUUCUGUAAGCGCGGAUCUAGUUUAUAAUUAUAUCAUUUUUUAGUGUUUCCUAUUAGUUGUUCAAAAAAAAAAAAAGUGUUUCCUAUUAGAAUCCAAAGACUAGUAUAGAAUAAUACAAGAUAAGUAAGAAAACGAAUGAAAUAUAGAAUCCAAUGGUCCGUCCACUCUUAAAAACUGGUCAAGCCUUUUUCCUAUAGACAUCUAAAAGCUAAUGCCAUUUUAAAAUUACUUCACUUUUUAAUUAUAGGCUCUUCUACGACAAUAGAACUGCUACAUUAGAUGCAUACAACUAGUUAGCAAGAUAAGAACACAAAACCACAAAAGAAGAAACAAAACAAAGAAAACUCCAUGGACAUCACAAGAAACAGCAACACCAAACUCCAUCUUCAAACUCAGUCUUUGUUUCCUCCUAAUAUGGAGAAAACUGUAGAUGUGGAGCCAAGAAUGGACACAAACCCAUUUGCAGAAGAUUCGCUUACAAGCAGAAUCAACCCAAAUAAAAAUGCAGACCUAAGCAGUAGCAGCAGCAGUAGUGAUAUGGUAAAUGAAAGAAGACAGAGUUUCUCGUCCCAAAAGAGCAUUGGAGAAGGAAGAAGCAGUGGGCAGAGAAGAGUUAUGCUAAUGGAGUCUCCUUGCACUCCAGGUAGAGGAGUCUUCAGUUUCAGUAGCAAUGUCUCUGGGAGAAGAAGAAACUUUCCUUCUAAAUGGGUCGAUGCAGAGAAAUGGGUCACCUCCGGUCAUGAAUCUCCGGCACAUUCCCUCAAAGUUGUUUACUCGGAGAAGUCUAGGGUUACAGAGGAGAAAGUCUCAUUAUCUCCACCAGGUCUUAUACUUAAAGAUAAGUUAGCAAACGAAGUGCUCCCAUCAACGGAAGGGUUUAUAUUCAGAGAUUCCGACAAGUUUCUCCAGUUUCAGGAAGAAGAAGAAGCUCAAGUUCAACACAGAGACAUGGGAACAGAGAUGACACCAGCCGGAAGCGUAACCGCUUCAAGAUGUCACACGCCGUUCAAAAGCAUGUCUCCGGCGAGACACAACACGCCUUCGAAAAUGUCUGGUCCGUUAACAGAAACCAAAAACGUUAUAGACAUCUCCGAGUUCGCCGACAAGCUACGACUCAGUGGGUCAGCAGCGACUCAGUACUAUAACUCGGUCACUCAUUGGAACUCGAGGGAAGAGGAAGAAGAAGAGAUAUCGAAGAGCUUAAGACAAAUGGACAUGGAAAGUGAGUUACGGAGAAGUGUUUCAGAAUCUAAAGCUGUUUUAUGGGAUGGUCAAGACGACAAGAUCAAGUUUUGCCAAAGAUAUCAAAGAGAAGAAGCCAAGAUCCAGGCAUGGGUGAAUCUCCAAAAUGCUAAAGCCGAAGCUCAGUCCAGGAAACUCGAGAUGAAAAUACAGAAGAUGAGAUCAAAUUUUGAAGAGAAACUGAUGAAGAGAAUGGACACGGUGCACCGGAGAGCGGAGGACUGGAGAGCUACGACGAGGCAGCAACAUGCUGAGCAGUUGCACAGAGCAGCUGAAACGGCGAGGAAGUUAACAAACCGUCGUGGCUACUUGGUUUCUGGGCGAAGCUCAUGUGGUUGUAUUCCUUGCACUAAUACUUGUCACUAACUUAUUUUAAAGAAGAGAAAGUAUAUUACAAAUGGACAACAAUGACAAGAAUUUUUGUUUAUUAUGUGUGUUGGAUUAUCAAUAUUUAUGUUAUUAAUAAUAACAAUGAAAUACAACAAGGAAUUAGUGGAUAACUUAUUUGCAAAAAAAAAAAAUUAGUGGAUAACUACAUUUUUAGAUGGAUCAAUUUGUGAAAUGACCAAGUUUGGAAAAGAAACUAAGUGCAGAGCACUGAUUUUGACAUAAUAUAGUAUCUAUCAAUUGUGCUUCAUUUCCACCGGUUUUACCCUUGAUUCAUGCAAGUUGCCGGUGACUUCAAGAUGUGGAGAUGACGUUGACAAAAUCCAAGUGUGGCCAAUAAUUAAUGCAAACUGUCACCAACAAAAGGAAGAUAACACAGCCACAUCACAUACACAUAAUCACAAAUAUUUCAUUAAUUUUACUUUAUAUCACCACAAACAUUUCAUUAACUCCAACUUUUAAAUACUAAAGCCUAAAUGGACCACUAAACUCAAACUCAAAUGUAAACUAUAUUAUAUAUUUAUAAUUUUAAAUAAAAUUAAAAUCUAAAAAUAUAUAUAAUAUUUUGUGAUACUAAACUAUAGUAUAUAAAGAUGGAAAAUAUGAUACUAAACUCUAAAUCCAACCCCUAAUUACUAAACUCUAAAUCAUGGCCACUAAAUCCUAAACUAAAAUCUAAGCUAUAAUAUAUAUUUAAAAGAAAAUCAAAAUCUGAAAUAUAUAAUAUUUUAUAAUAUUUUCAAGUACUAUACAUACAUAGUAUGGAACAUUGUAUAAAAUAGUAUACAAAUAUUUGUUCUAUUUAUGUUAGUUGGGAAUCAUAUGUAAAAUAGUAGAAGAAGAAAUAAAAGUACUUGUUGAUGAAAAAGACGUUGUUAAACUAGACAUGACCCUCACAUUGUCAAACAUUUGAAUGAAACUAAUUUUAUAUUACGAGCAAUCAUACAAAAUGGCAUAGAAGAGAAAUAUCAAAUUUGAAGACAUGACAUAUAAACUCUAAACCCUAAACUCUAGUUUGAAAACAAAAUUACUAAACCCUAAACCCUAAUCACUAAACCAUAAAC